AUGUGGGCCCCAAGUGGGUUGAGCGGCACUCAUGGCACCGACCCUCGCUUGGCCCUGCAGAACCAAGCGAGGAAACAAGCAGCCAACCUCUCGCCCAUUUCGGUGGAGGAAUGGAAUUCCCUCCUAAAAAAGGUCCCAAACAAAGCCCCAGGCCCAGAUGGGUGGUGCUAUGAAAUGCUCCGAGCAUUACCUCAUGAAGCCAUUCUUGAAUUGGCUAGCAUGGUGCGCCAAUGGGAAAUCGAAGCCCAGUUUCCCCAGCACUGUGAUAUCACACAGUAUGCCAUGCUCCCCAAAAAUGAAACAUCCGAACGGCCUAUUGGGUUAACCCAUGUCCUCCACAGGAUAUUUUGCAAGGCGAGAUGGCAUCUUAUCACAGAGUGGGAGAACAGUUACAACCCUACCUCUCCCUGGAAUCAGGCGAAGGCAGGGAACAGCUCCCUUGACACGGCCCUCCGCCGCCUAAUCAGGGCUGAAACAAACAAAAGAGAGAAGCGUCACACCAUUACACUUCUCCUUGAUCUAACAUCCUUCUAUGAGACUGUCCCACAUUGGCAGCUCCUAGCCCAGGGUGUCCGACACUCCUUUCCCCCGCUUCUACUUGAAAGAGCGUUAAGCCUUUACUCAGGCAGCCGAUACAUAGAAGCGCAGGGGAGUCUGUCUCGCCCCAUCCGAGCUACAAGAGGUCUCAUAGCAGGUUGCCCUCUCGCCCCUGCUCUUUCCAGAGUUGUGCUCCAUGAUCCGAUCUCGAAGAUGCACUCUGCCUCCCCUGUACACCACAUCGAUUUGUGGGUGGACGAUUGCUCAGCAGAUUUUGUCGAUUCUCAUGCGCCGACAGUCGCUGCUCAAGCCAUCAAGUGUUACAGGGAGCUUAAAGCUGACCUCGAGAAUCAGGGCCUGAUGGUCAGCACCACCAAAACGGCUUUCAUCUGCUCAAACAAGGCCUCUGCCAGAGAGCUGCAAUCCUUGCUUGAAGAACAUGAACCCCCCAUCAAAACCUUAGGCAAGGACCUUGGUCUGGAUUAUGCUGCGGGGCAGAGGAGGCGAAUCACAGUGGCCAAAGGCAGGCACGCUAAAGGAGGGCAGCGAGCCAGAAAAUUGACCAAGCCGCAAGUCAAAAGCACUAGCAUCAGAGUGAGACUCUUCAACGGUUCCAUCCGGUCCUCUGCCUUGUAUGGGCAUGAAGGGGUUGGGGUAGCGCCUAAACGGCGCAAAUGGUUCAGAAGUUUGCUGGCUGCAGCCUUGGGCAGACCCACGCUUGCCAGCACUGACUCAGCCCUUGAGUUCCACUCGAACAAAGUUGUAGAUCCAGCCUACACCAUCUUGUCGCAGCAUUUCAAGGCGAUACGGCGACUUCUUCUCAGCUGGCCCGACAGGGACAUUGGCAGAUUGCACCAGAGCUGGAACAAACUCGGGCAAUGGCUGAGCGAAGCUGAACAUCCCUGGAAAAGGGCGGCUGGGCCGCUUGGAGCCGCCUGGUGCUACCUUCAAGAGUUGGGGUGGGAGGCUAUCAGCCUCAGUAAGUGGCGCGUUGAAGGUGACAUUCUUGACAUCCGUCAGGGACCUGACUUCCAUAGACUUCUUUUCCAGCUAAAACAUCUAAUUGACACCAGGCGACACCGCCGCAUUGCUCAAUCAGAUGGUGGCAAAGGAUUAGAGACAGGACCGGACUGGACAGCCCCCAGAAGGCUCCUCAAACAAGCCAACAAGCAAGAAAAGGCGGCGCUCCAAGCGUUGUGGCAAGGCGCCGUCAAGGCGUCUCCAACAGCCACGUGUUCCCUGUGCAACCUUCCUGCCACCAAGAAGCAUGUACUCUGGGAAUGCAAAUGGUGGAAAAAGCAUGGUGAACAACCGCCUAGAUGGUGGGAAGAUUACCCGGAGCAUCAAUCCACUGAUUGUCUGUGGAAUUUUGGGCUCAUGCCCAACCUUCCCAAGGAAAUGCCCUCCGGAGAUUCCAUUUUGGAAGUCCAAGGAGUCCUACGCAAUCCUGACCAAAUCCCUGAAGGCGCUUUCGCGGCCACUGACGCCAGUGGUGGCCCCACCACUGACCAUCGGCUUCAAACCGUGGUGUGGGGGUUGAUAGUUUAUGAAUGGUGUGGGGACACGCCCAAGCGAAUUGGGUCCAUUGCUGGUCUCCUUGGUAAUGAGCAGUCAGUGUACCGAGGGGAGGCUAAAGCCAUCCAACAAGCGGCCCUUCUCCUUCCAGAAGGGACCGACGUCACCAGUGAUUGCAAAGGGGCCGUUGCGCGUGCCAGGAGGGGCCCCGCGGGGGGAGGAGCACACCAAGACAUUUUUGGUACUGCGCCCACCCAUGAGCUUCGCCUUACAUGGGUCCCAUCCCAUUUGGGAUGUGAGGAAUUUAAGGCAAAAAUGGGGGAAGGCCAAGAAUGGCGGCGCAACAUCAAUGCUGAGGUUGAUGCAUUGGUGUCCAGACAUGCCAAAGCCCUCUACAGCACUGAGCGUGCAGAAAGGCUGCAGCAACAUGACAAACUGGCUACCGAUGUGGCCAGCUUUUUAGGACGCCGGCUCCUCUCCUUGCUUGAGGGAGGCAAGAAGGAUGGCCCGCAAGUUGUUUUCCCUAAGGAUCAACCCCAGGAAGAACCGGCCCACCCUCCCUCCAGUAGCUCCUCCUCAAACCAAUCCACCUUCUCCAAAAACCGGUGGAAGAAACGCCGGAAAAUUCCGAGGGGCAACCAAGCCACCACAGGCCUGGAUUCCCCCACCGUGAAUCCGGCGGAUGGCAUUCCAGGGGGUGACGCUACCACAGCACGACCUGAAGAAACAGGGAGCCUUAACAAAAAACAAAUUUUGACAGGCUUGGUGCAAGGCACCCUGGACGUUAAAGGUCACACCUUUGUCAUCACCCGGAACACCGUUAACAAUUUGCAAAUCAAAUGUGAAAAUUGCGGUUUGUGGAUUCAACAAGUUGACACCAAAGACACAUUCAACCGAAAGACCCAUAACCACUGCAAGGGUCAUCCGGACAGCGUUCCCUCCCCAACAUGGACGUGGCAUGCAUCCCACGUUAUGGUGAAUGAAGGGAACCGAUGGGCAAAGGCAAAGGUAAAGGGGGGGGGAGCCAACCUCCCGGAGCAGGCAAAGGGGGCCAUCCUCCUGGAGGUAAAGGCGAGAUCCCCUUCAAGCGGCCUUCCAAGAAGGACAGAGAUCGCCUUAAGCAGCUGGGUUUGUGGCCACCUCCCAAGGGGCAAGGCAAGAAUGCCCGAACAGGCCCACACCCGGCAGAGGAAAGGGGUCACGCCAGACCACCUACACCUCCCCCCGUCAGACGGGGGGCUCCAGCAGAAAGAAGUCCCUCAACGAGCCGCAGCCGCACACCGCGCCAAGAGGAGACUGAUGCAGAAGCACCAGCUGCGGAGUCCCCCUCGCAAUCGUCGAACUCAACAGAGCUUCGACGAGCCUCACCCGACCAACCGCGGCACCAACCUGAGCCGAGCAAACACUGACCCCAUGCCAGUCAAGCAGGAAUCCACCGAGGAGUUUAGCUCCGAAGAGUCGUCUGGAGAGGCGGCACCUCUUCCACCUUGGCCUCUCUUGGCAGACAGCCUCCACCUCACGGUUGACCGGGUUCGCCGUAGCAACAACCGUGACUUCUGGCUGUCUAACCUCGGCCCAACCUUGUGGUUGGAUUGCUUCCCAACCUUCAAGGGUUCCAGCCUCCUGGGCAUAGGGGGAACGCGAGCAGUGUACACCUCACCUACCUCAGAAGGCAAGGUGUGGAAGGUUGCUCUCAAAGCAGAUCCCAGCCACCAUGGGAUUGAGCAAACCAUUGGGCAACGGAUGGUGGGGACGGGGCAGCUCACCAUCCGUGACUUUAAGACCCUGGAGAUUGAGGUCUUGGAGGUCUUGCACAUGUUCAUGGUCCUCACAGCCCUUGUGGGUGCUGGCAUUUGGGUAGCGGCGUGGGCCCGCGGCGUCGUCCGCACGGACCAUUCGAGCCCACGGCGACUCGCCAUCGCCUUCAGGCAGCGCCUCCUUGCCACAGAUGGGGGGAAGGAGGUUCUUGGGACUUUGGUCCGUCAAGGGGUCAUCAUCCCUAGUCCCUCGCUGAACCUGUGCCUCCCGAUGACGGUCAAUGGAGUCAACAGUGGCGGGGACUGGUGCUUCGCCUCAAUUGAAGACCUUGAGGUGGGCACCACAUCCCCUCCAGGUGGGAGGUGGGCAUCACUUCCCCUCCAGCUAGGUAUCGGCCGAAAUCUGGCACAGCACUCCUCCCAGGCAGGCCUACCCAUGUGUGGUGUCGUGAGGCCUAUGCGCCGGCGGCAGAGAGUAGUCCUUUUCUCAGACCUUGUGACUGCUCCUGCCGCUGGUCCCUUUACUGUGUGGGUCCAUUUGGUUCGUUUUGGCCCUUUCCCAGUGAGCAGUCAGCAGGUUGGCCGACCAGCCCGAGAGACUAUGUCUCGCCCCUUAGGGGCUCCGGGUGAAUUCAUUUGCAUGAUGUACGCCCACUGGGUAUGGGAUACUCUUCCUGACGAGGCCUGUGUGCAGCUGAGAGAAGCAGGGUUUGAAGCCAAGCCGGCUCGCACAGAGGAUGUGGAUCUUGUUGCGCUCCUGCAGCAGCAUGUCGGAGACCUUCCCCAGGUCAUCGUGGACGCCCUGCCGGCGACCCCAACCCCGGACCCUCGCCAGGAGGGCAAGGAGGCUGGGGAUGUUCUUCGCAGCUCGGUGGGCAAGCUCCGUGAUCUGGGCCAGAGGAAACUGAGGCUGCAGGAGGAGAUCGACACAGCAAAGGACAAUUUGCGAGCAAUGCUUCACAAGAUGCAGGACAUCCAGAAUGCCAUCGAGGAGGCAAAGGUGGAAGUCGCAAAGACCACCAAGGAAUAUGAAGACAAGGUGGUCAAGCAUUGUGCGGAAGAGGUCAACAAUGGAGUGGAAUCUGUUCUGCAGGCUUUGGGCAUGCAAGAGGCCAGCCUUACCGAGGAGCAAAAGAGGAAGCUGGAAGCUCUUAAGUCCGAUGAAGCCAAGCGCAGACGCAUGCAGGGGGACCAGCGGGGGGCCAGGUACCCAGUCGUCUUGUCGCAGCAGAAGAACCCGACGACGUCGCAACAGUUAGCGGGUUUGGUGUCCCGGGGCUUUCAGCAGGGCUUUCUGUCGGUGGAGUCUAGCAUGGUAGGCCUUUUCGAAGAUGACGAACCCACCGACCCCUUGACUUUGGAGUAUUUGGUGGUCCACAAAAUGAAUCUCAAGGUCUGUUCGGCCAAUGUCACCCGAUGGCGGUCGAGUCGCCGGAAAUGGGCCCAUACCUUGUCCCCGGACAUUCUUAUGAUUCUAGUGACCUUCCACGCCUCGCAAGGCUGCGGUUAUGUCAUUGUGGCGUUGCGCUCCAAAGGGGUAGAUUUCAAUUGGAUCUCCUUGUACCUAGAAAGUGGGACUGGCUUGGAUAGCCCAGUCAAUGAUCUCAUCCUGUCCAGUCUUACCCAACAUUUGUCCCUCCUUCAAGGUAUGAAGAAAGGUGGCAGGGCCCGGGUGGUUGGCAGUGGGUCUCCUACGGCGGGAGGGGACUCCGAGAUUGACUUCUUCGUCGUCCACCCCAGUCUCCAGCCGUUGGCCUCGCACCCAGUUGGCGGCGGUGCCUGGACAGGAGGGCCUAUGGCUAUCUGGGAUAGAUGGCGCACCUGGCUUCAGACAGGGAUGGUCCCCAAAUCCUCAGAGGCCUUCGCCUCCAUCCCUCCGGACGACCCCCUUCUUCCCGUCCUAAAGGGCUGGGUUCAUGCUGAUGACCGCAGCAGCCUCACUCGGGAGUUGGUGCCCCAGGUUGAGGCAAAAUAUAAGGAAGCUUUAGCCUCCCAGACCUCCCAGAACUCCGAGUCUUACUCCAAGUGGCUAGAAGAGGCGCAAAAUGAUCACCUCCGCCCCCUUUACCGCUCCCUUCGAGCUGAUGAGCAAACCUUGGAACGGCCGUAUCGGGAGUUCACUCCCCUGGCGCGGCCCUAUAAACGGCUCGAAUUUUGGUGCGAGGUCUGGCAGGGUAACCUGGUGUCGCCAGCUCCGCUCCAAGGGGAAGUAUGGGAUGCCUUGUUUGACUUAGCCCGGGAGCAGGUCCGUUCCCUGCCCAAGCAUUCUGCUAGCUCUGUCGCUAAGAUAUGCGCCGCCAGGAAUCCCAAAAAAGGAGGCCCGGACGGCUGGGAUUUCAAUGAUCUUCGAGACCUGCCUCGGGACGCGUGUGCAGUCCUAGCCAACGUCUUCAACAAAAUGGAGGAGGACCUUGCCAUUCCCCUCCAAGUUUCCCAGGUCCAGAUUGUACUUCUGGCCAAGAGUGCCUUGAAGGAAAGACCUAUCGGUCUUACAUCGGUCUUGUGGCGGCUUUGGUGUAAGACUGGUCAGCCAGUGGCUGGCUUGCGGUUGUCUUUCCCAGCCUUGGCCCUGUGCCUCUCCCUUCGCCUCUACCAAGGAGGUCGCACGGUGGUGGGGGAAUCCCAGCCCAGUCCCACCAUCUUCCCAGGCUUGCAUCAUUGCGACGUAUGGUUGGACGAUGUCUCUGCAGACUCCCUCCAUGCCUCGCCGGAUAUAGCCGCGGGAGCGGCUUAUGAAGCCUUUCGAGUGCUCAAGGCCAGUCUUCAGGCUGAAGGUCUCGUCCUCAGCCAAGAGAAAACAAAAUUUGUGGCCGGAACACCCCGCUCGGCCGCGGCGCUGCGACAGCUGCUGCGGCCAGGGGACCCUGACAUAGUCGACGUGGUCAAGGAUUUAGGCCUUGACAGUGGCAGUGGCCGUCGGCGCAGGACUACUACUGCCCAGAAACGCUUCCGGGUAGGUAGCCUUCGUAACCUGAAGUUGGGUAAGCUUCGUAUCCCGUCACGCCGCGUCCGGCUACGGAGCCGAUACGGUUCAACGGAUACCAUCCUAGAUAUGACGGCCCACGAGGUUCAGGAUCCCUACCUUAUUGUGGUAACCCAGCACGUGGAAAGUCUUUUCAGGAUGAUGGCCAGAUGUAACCGCAUGGGAUGGGAGGCAGUAAAGGACACUUGGCGAGUGGUCUGGAAGCGGCUGGAGGCUGCGAAGCACGGUUGGUCCGUGGUCACUGGACCCAUCUCUGCCAUGUGUCAAUACCUCCGCGACCUCCAGGUCGACGGCCAUGAUCCUUCCCGCUGGGUUUUUGAGGAGCGUGUUCUCGAGAUCAAGCCCUCUGAGGUUUCGGUUGUCUGCCAAACCUCGUCUUUCCUCAUGGACAUCAUCAAGACCCAGAGGUCUCGUCGCAUUGGAUCGACCUCGUCGGCAGCGGGUGCUGCUGGCGGGGUCGACUGGACGGUCCCGCGUCGCCUGCUCAAGUCAGUGCGCGCCAAAACAACCCGGUACGCCUACCGGGCUGUUUUCCAAGGGUCCAUUCUCCAUAACGGCAAUGGUGGCAAGGAUGUCUGUAAGUUUUGUGGCGAUCCCGGGGCCACCUUGCGUCACCUCAUGUAUGAAUGCCCUUCCUUCCCUGGUGGCAUGCGGUUACCGGGGUACGUUCUGGCGGAGAAGCGCCGUUUCCCUGAUGACUGCCUGUGGCUUCGGGGUAUGCUCCCCCUUAAAUACCUCCCAGUCGCUCCCUCGGGGGACCUAGAAGUGGUCAAGACAGGCGUGUUUCUCACGUCCUCCCAGGUAGUAGCAGACGGGUUGGUGGUUGCUACGGACGCGUCAGGGGGCAAGUUCACCAAGGAUCCGCGAUUGCGAAGAGUGAGCUGGUCUGUUGUCGCAAACGGGCUGCCACCAUACCGCCUGUUGCAGGGCGGAAAGUCCAGGACCUGGAUAGGCUCGUAA